CGUGCGACCGGAUGAAAACAAGAGCGGAAACUGAAUUUAUCCCAAAACAUGGAUUAAAAUUCAAACUCUUUGUUGUGGUUCUUGGAGGAGCUGAUGAUGUCUAACGCCAGGAGCGGGGACAUCAUCCACCUGAACGUCGGGGGGAAGAGGUUCAGCACCUCCCGGCAGACGCUGACCUGGGUUCCCGACUCCUUCUUCUCCAGUCUUCUGAGCGGUCGCAUCUCGACUCUGAAGGAUGAGACUGGAGCUAUCUUCAUCGACAGAGACCCCUCUCUGUUCGCCACCAUCCUCAACUUCCUGCGCACCAAAGAGCUGUACCCGCGCUCCAUCAACGUGCACAUGCUCAUGCACGAGGCCGAGUUCUACGGCAUCACGCCGCUGGUGCGUAAGCUGCAGCUGUGUGACGAGCUGGACAGAUCCUCCUGUGGGAACGUACUGUUCAACGGCUACCUGCCUCCCCCAGUGUACCCAGCGAAGCGGCGUAACCGUCACAGUGUGGCGGGCUCUCAGUUCAUGGCGGGCCGGGUGGCGCCGGCAGAGCGAGCGCCGGUCCGACGCAGCAACACCAUGCCGCCAAACCUGGGAAACUCUGGGAUCCUGGGGAGGACCAGCACCGAGGAGAGGACGCCCGGAGGGCAGCUCUCAGACACCGGCAUGGUGCGGAUCAUCUGUGGUCAUCACAACUGGAUCGCCGUGGCCUACGCUCAGUUUGUGGUCUGCUACAGGGUGAAGGAGUCGACGGGCUGGCAGCAGGUGUUCACCUCCCCCCGGCUGGACUGGGUGAUCGACAGGGUGGCUCUGAACGCUAAGGUGAUGGCGGGCUCUCUGGGAGACAACGACAAGAUGGUGGCGGUGGCGUCGGGGACGGAGAUCAUCCUGUGGGCCAUCUGCCCCGACGGCAACGGCAACGAGAUCGGCGUCUUCAGUCUGAACGUGCCGGUGGAGGCUCUCUUCUUCGUUGGUAACCAGCUGAUCGCCACCAGCCACACGGGGAAGGUGGGAGUCUGGAACGCAGUCACCAAACACUGGCAGAAUCAGGACGUGGUUCCCAUCAGCAGCUACGACACCGCCGGCUCCUUCCUCAUCCUCGGCUGCAACAACGGCUCCAUCUACUAUAUCGAUGUGCAGAAGUUCCCUCUGAGGAUGAAGGAUAACGAUCUGCUGGUGACCGAGUUGUACAGAGACCCGACUGAAGACGCCAUCACCGCCCUGAGUGUCUACCUCACGCCUAAAACCAGUGACAGCGGGAACUGGAUCGAAAUCGCUUACGGGACCAGCUCCGGGGCGGUCCGGGUCAUCGUUCAGCACCCCGAGACGGUGGGCUCGGGACCGCAACUCUUCCAGACCUUCUCCGUCCACCGGAGCCCCGUCACCAAGAUCAUGCUGUCGGAGAAACACCUGAUCUCAGUUUGCGCAGACAACAACCACGUCCGAACCUGGACGGUGACGCGCUUCAGAGGGAUGAUCUCCACGCAGCCGGGCUCAACGCCGCUCACAUCCUUCAAGAUCCUCAGCCUGGACGACGUGGACGGACACGGAGGCUGCAGCGCCGGCACGGAGAUAGGUCCGUACGGAGAGAGAGACGACCAGCAAGUGUUCAUCCAGAGAGUCGUACCGGACACCGAUAAACUCUACGUCAGGCUGUCGUCCAACGGGAAGAGGGUGUGUGAGGUACGUUCGGUGGACGGUACCUCCAUCACAGCCUUCAUGGUGCACGAGUGCGAGGGUUCGAGUCGCAUCGGCUCGCGGCCGCGGCGAUACCUGUUCAGCGGCCACGGCAACGGCAGCAUCCAGAUGUGGGACCUGACCACCGCCAUGGAGAUCGCCGGCAAGGUGGACAUCAGAGCGCUGGGCGGGCCCACAGAGGAGGAGCUGCUGGAGCUGCUGGACCAGUGUGACCUGGCGCUGACUAGAACACCUGACAGCACGCCACGAGCCUCCACCUGCAGCCUGUUCUCUCAGAUUGGGGACGUCCUCCGGAUGGAGCGCCUCCUCUCUUCAGCGGGAGGUCACAGAGGCGGCGGAGCUUCAGGUUCCUCUGCCUCGCUGUGUGGCAGCCUCCCCCGACAGGCCCCGCCCUCCGUGCCCCUCUGCAAACCCGCCCCUCGAGACCCCGCCCCCAUGGGGCCGCAACCGCUCGCCAUCCCCGCCUACAACUCCAGCCCGCGGCCCCCGAGGCACCAGGAGCGGGAGUGGGGGUCGGUGCGGCGGGGCAGCUUCGUGGAGCGCUGCCAGGAGCUGGCUAAGGGCUCGGAGGGGGUCUCUGGGUUUGGGCCGGCGUCGGGGGCCGAGGGCUCGAGGCGGAGCUUAGCAGUGUGCACCGAGCUGGAGGCGAGGUUUGGACUCCGGACACCCACCACCUUCUCUGUGUCGCCCGGUGCGCGCCACUCCCCUGGAACACCGGGAAUGCCUUCAUCGCUGUCGUCGGCGCCUUCCUCGUCCUCGCCGCACCGCAGAGCCACGCCCACUCCGCCUACAAGCCCCGCCCCCGCCGCGUCUGUGAGCCCGACGCACUCCCAGGCGCCCGCCUCCCCGCGACGCGGCGACGUCACGUCUCCGGCUGAACCACCGGCGGCCCCGGAGAGCCCUGACACCCCCCCGGUCUCCGCUGCAGGACCCCCCACCAGCCCCAAACCACACAUGAACGAAACCAGUUUCUGAUUGGCUGUCGGACUGAACAGUGGGUUGCUGUAGCUACCGCAAGGCUUCCGGAAGAACUACUGAAUGUCAGGAGAAGAGUCUCCAGUAAAGCUGCACUCAUCGUUAAACAGCUGCAGGAUGUCCUAUUCCUGUGAUGGACCCUGAAGGCAGCAUCUCCCUGGUCCAAUGGGAUUUCUCCGUGUGAUUUUUGGAUUACUGCAUGAAAUAAUGUGCCAAACAAAUUAUACUAACGGCACAUUAACACCACUUCUUGAAGUAAAAAGCCAACGUUCGGUCACAUGACUUCACUUCCCCACCGCUAAGCUAACGGUGGCUAAUAACUGCAGUUCAUAAUCAAAACGUUUAAAUCUCUAAAGCUCGUUUUAACCACAGACCUUAUUCCAGGCUUCUAACCACCAUUGACAGGCACAAGUUUUGGGUUUUAGGAGUCAUUCCUGGAGAAACACAUCAUCUGUUUUGUAGGAGUGGAAACAUGUACCUGAAGGUGGCGCGGUUUUACCGGCAGCUUUUUAUAUGUUGUUGGUCAGCAGGUAAAUCUUUUCUAUCGGGGAGCUUUUUGUAUCUGACAGUCUGUUAAAAAAAAACACAGAAAAGCUAAAAAAGUUUGUAUAAAAGCUUUAUUUUUGGGGGGAUUCUGACUUAAAAUCACGUAGUGUUCAGCCUGAGCCUGAACACCUCACCGUCACAGCCAAUCAGCGCUCAGCUUCUGUUCUCUAACGUUCCAUCAAUGCUGGCAAAUUAACUUGUGAUGAUAAAAAACACUUUAUUUUACUUAUAAUUUGUUUGAAAUAACCUUAUUUUUGGGGAGAUAAUUAUACUUUAAAAUAAUAUUGAAGACGUUCUAAUUAUAUAUUUGCUGAAUUGUAUUUUUCACAUUUUGCGAGUUUGGUUUGGUCUUUAUUUAUACCAUCAGUUCGUCGGAGCACAAUGUUGUAUUUCUAUUUACGGAUUCAUCUCAGAGAUAAAUAUUACUUUCUACUCCACAGAUUUUCAUGCUUUGACUGUCCUUUAAAGGUCCCCUCUUCAUGUCUGUUCUACAUCAACGUGUGUCUCCUCAACCAUUAGCCAAUAACCAACCAAGGAAACCCCCCCACACCUUAUCUCCUGGAUCUCCUCCUAGAGCACCGUUGUAUUAAACCAAUCACCUCUCAGGGGGCGUGGCCAGCAGCAGCUCAUUAGCGUUUAAAGCUACAGACACAGAAUCAGCACUUUAGGAGCAGGGCUGAAACAGAGGGGGUUAUGGGACAAUGAUCAGGGGUCUGUAUACAUCGGAGACCUGGAAUACAUGCUUGAGAAAAGGUCAUAUGGGACCUUUACGAAUAAUGGUUAGUUGCAGCUCCAAAAAUACCAGCCAUUUGCAAUAUUUUGUAUCUGUAGUUAAUGAUGUCAUUAAUUGUCGCAGCUUCUACAAAUCUUUUCCCACUUAAUUUGGUCAUGUGUUUUUUUCUCCUUUUGGAUGUCCACAUUUCCUCCGGCCUGUGAAUGCAGCAUCUGAGGCUCUUCAUGUUGUUUUUACAUUAAGACUUUAUUUAACCCGGCUUUGUAAACAGCUCCUCCUGAAUGUAGGGACACUGUAAGAAUUGUAAUGUUUCUACAUAAAGUGUGUUUGAUACCAUUUGUUUUUUAACAGACUUUCUAUUAAAAAGAAUAAAAUAAUUGACAUCUUU